AUGGGGAACACAAUGAGUGUCCCAGAGGAAACUGAAGAAGACAAUACAUGCACAAUAAAGAGCUAUCAGGCUCUAUCCGAAUCUCCUGACAAUAUUAAAAAUGGAUCUGUUGCAUUUGUUCAGACUCAUUCUCCUGCAAUGAAUGGUGACGUGGAUGCGAAGGCAAGUGUUACACGGGAUAAUGCGGCCGUUUCUUCCCUGAAGACAAGGGAGCAGAGCCCCGUUCCCGACGCGGGCGGGCAGAGCCUCGGGAGCGCUGCCAGGAAAGCUCUGCCAUCUGCUAAACGCCGCUCUGUCUUCGCGUUUUCAUGGUCCGUACCAGGGCGUACCGAAGAUCCAGCUACAGAUUCAUCAGCUGGAUCGGCAAAGCCUGGUGUCAGCUCCGAGGCGCCCGGAGUGAACAAAGCACCAAGUGACGGCGCGGAGGUUCCCGCAGCGGCUGCGCAGGAGGGAAACGCGCAUAAAAACCGGACCCAGGCCCCGUCGGCAGCACCGCUUCACGGCACCGAUAUCGCGGCACCAGUGACACCUGAGGGAGAGGAUGCAGCUGCCUCAAGGCCAAAACAAGUGACCUUCUUUGACAGGAUCUUCAAACUGGAGAAGGGGAAAGAAAGCAGUAAAACGCAAAUUGAUGCCCCGGAGGAAAGGCAGACUUCAGACCUUCCUGACGGGCGCAUCACAGCGAAAGAGGCGGCUGGAUUACAGAGCACAUCAAACGGUGUCCCACGGGGGAAGGAGAUAGAUGACUGCAACCAAAAAGACCUACAGCAGGACUCGGCAGGUGUCAACGGUCUUGCUGCUGAGCAACCCGAAAAGGCAGAGGUAAAGCAAGACAGCCUCCAACCAGCUGCUGCAGUAGAUAACUCCGUCAUGAGUUUCCUUAAAACACUGGUCUCCCCAAGCAAAUCUGAAGCCAAAAGUGAUUCAGAAGACAAGGGAUCAAAAGCAGAAAAAGGCCAUGGUGCGCAACCUGCCCCGAAGACACCGGCAGAAUCCCAAACUAAAGGAGCCAAGAAAAAGAAGGCAGAGAGUCCCAAGCUAGGACACAGUACAUUUAGCAAGCUCUUUAGGCAUAAGGCUGCAAAAGAGACCCAACAGACGACUACUACCAAAAGCGCUGAACGGCAGUCUGUUACCUCUGUAAAACCAGACAAAAACGCCCCUUCCUCUCAAGAGCCGCAGACAACUAAGCAGAACACAAAAGCCCCCGAGCCCGCAGCCCAGCAGCAGGCAGCGGCCCCCGAAGCCCCCAGAGAAGUGACGAAGGAGAAGGCGGCGUCCGCUCCGAUGCCGCUGAGCAAGCUCUUCUGGAAGAAGAACGCGUCGGAAGAGGCAGAGGUGGGGAGCAGUGAAAAAGCAGACGCGUCUCUAGAAGCUGCGGCUCCUGCCAAGGACGAGAGCGGCAGCCCAGAAGCUGCAGAAGCGAAACCCAGGAGAGAAGAAAGUAAAACCCCCAAGGCAAACCUGAGGAAGUUUUUUAAACUG